AUGUUUGGUGUAAAUCAAGUAUUGAAAUGGAAUUGUGCAUUAUUGUACUACGGUAGAGCAUGCUACGCUGCAACUGAAAGAGAAAGGCCUCUCAGAGCGAACAGCCCCACUCAGGUGCACAAUCCACACCCUGAACCAGAAUUGAUUCUUAAUGAUCUAUUUCAGCCAAGAGAUGAUAAUGAUUUUGCUGAAUCAUUCACUGAUAUUCCAAUCAAAAACCCAGAAUUAUUCCUUGGAGAAAUGACUACGCUUCUUUGUGGAUUAAUUGGUAAAGGUGACGCACACAAUGAGAUAGAUAUUCUAUCAUUUGUAAACAGGAAAGAGGAUCUGACUCAAUAUGUCAUUGAUUUGUACAUCAAAAAGGUAUUAAAUCAGCAUUGUGGUGAAAACAGGCUAAUUGUAAACCUGGGAUGCGCAUGCUACAUGAAAUACAAUGUUGGGAGCAUAAGAAGCAUUGAUAACAAAGAACACAAUAAAGAUAGUAAGCCAACUAAAGAUGAACAGUGUCUACUGGAAAUGCUAUUCAGUGAAUCAGGCGAGACAUUCUUCUGUGAUCAAAAUGAGGAUGGAUCAAAAAGACCAAUGCGCAAUAUGCAUCAGUUAUACGAAGCAAUGUCCAAAAUGGAUGACAUCUAUUUCACGAUGCCACUUACAGAGCACGGAUUACACUGGUUUGUGAUGCACUACAAUAAGAAGGAAAAGAGGACGACAAUUUACGAUUCAGUAGCAAUGAAGGUGCAUCUUUAUCAUAGGCCAAAUUUGAACGAUCACCUGAAUUGGAGGAUGCUAUCUGCAUUUCUAGGGGCGGAAAACACAGAGAAUAUUGGAUUCAAACAGUGGCCUGAAUUUGAGUGCAAUCACCACGACUGUGGUGUACUGGCACUGUGUGUUCUCAGGGAUUUGGUGCUAAAGAGAUCAAUCAAACACUACAACACACGUAGAAUGAGGCCAUUCUUGUUAAAUGAAAUAUUGGCAGGAAAUCCAAUCUAUCAGACAGUCAUUCUACCAGUAAACAAGUAA